UGUAGAUCCGUCCCCCUUUUGGCUUCCCUGAGGGCAAACGAGGAGCGCAAUGGACAGAUCUGCCACUGCAUGAGCUUCAUCUGUUGGCUGCGUCAGAGAAGUCGCCUGUCUGUAGCUGGGGUUCUUGUGACGAGAUCCGGCGAGAAGACGCCCAGAUCUGCGCAUCAUGUCAGCCCCCGAUUCUCUCAUCGGCAUGGCCCAGCGUGUGUGCGAUGAGUUCGCCGCCUACAAAAGCAGCCCGGAGGGCGGAGCCCGGAUGCGGCAACUGAGCUGCGCCGUGAGAGGGAGGAGGACGGCGACAGCUUCUAUUUCAUCGACAUGGUGACGGAUGGCCGGCAGGAGGUGGACCUCAGUGGCCUGGAUGGUGGUGACGGUGGAUGGGCUGCGGUGGUGGGCCGGUUUGGGAGUGCAUGCAGCGCUCUCUUGGGGAGGCUGGGGCUGCGGCAGAUCCGCAUGACGUGGGGCAGGGGCGACGAGAGCGGCGAUGCGCCGAGGCUGUGCAUCGAUGAUAGUGGUACGCAUGCAAAUGGGGAGGAAACACAUGCGUAUUAAUGGGUGUCAUGACGCGUGUCGUUUGUCCCUGUCUGUGCGCCCAGGUGACAUGGGUGCUGACAAGCCGGCAGGAGAAGGCGCUGGCCCUUCCCACGUCAUCCCUCCCCCGCCGUCAGGACAGCGCCAAGAGAGCAUGGCUGCCAGUACUCCCCCCCCACCCCAACAGCACGGCACCCCAGCAACAGUCACUCCCACACCCACCCCCUCUCCCAGCCCCUCCCCACCUGUCAACACGAAUGCACCACCACUCGCCACACCACCACAUCUAGACGAUCUCGAUCUCGAUCUCGAGCAUGACACGAGUGGGGCUGGGCAGCUCAACGCCGUCGAAGCCGACUGUCGCGCGUCCUUCAUGGCCAAGUACGGCUCCCUCAUCAGCCGGCAGCUGGCCGAGGGCAUCCAGUUCGAGCAGAAUCAAGGGAGCACUGAUUGGCUGAUGGAGGUCGACGUGGUGAUCCCAGCCGUCGGCAUCAGCCUUGCGGUGAGGAGGCAGCCGCCCGCGUCGUGGAGGUGGCAACACAUGACCAGGAUCCUCAGGGAGCGGGGUCUGCUCCAGCCUCCCCAACGCACCGGUGCCGGACGUGGCGGCACCAUCCGCCGGCGUGACGCAGACGAUGGCGACGGGGCCGGUGCGUCGGCAAAACGCGCACGAGUGGUGCCCAUGGGGGCGGCCGCUGGUGUCUGUGGCAAUGGGCCCCCGGCUGGCCCACGGGCAUCGGCGAGUGGGGCUGCAGCAGCAGUGGCGGCCGCGGCAUCGUCCCUGUCGUCACCGAAUCUAUCAAGUAGGCCAGAAAGACACACAAAUCCAUGGGCACACUGGACGCCGCGUGCUAUCCAUUUCUGUGUGGUUGCAUUGCAUCAGCGUCGGAUUCGGAUAAGGAGAGGGGCGCAAAGAUGGAUGACGAUGAUGACAAGGACAAGGAAUUCGUCCCGGAAGGUACGUACGCACCAUGGGCCCACACAAACACGGACAAUCCGUAUCCAUACUCAAUCAUGUUGAUGUGUGUGUGUGUGUGUGUGUGGUGUCAGGUCUGCCACAGGGUGACCUCUUCCCUGCAGCAGCAGCAGCAGCCUCACCCGACCUCCCCGAGAGCCCCGCUGCCUCCUGCGAGCGACACUUGAUGCUCAAACGGGCCGACCCCCGCAGCGUCUUCCAUCGUCUGCCCGAGAACGUCACAGCCACCUUCACCCCCAACCCUUCACACCUCUGGCACGCUGACGCCAUGACGGUCACCAUCGGCCCCUUCAAGGAUGCGCAGGAUAGCGACUAUUACGUGCAGGGCACGGCAAGGCCCAAGAAGAAGAAAGGCCGGAAUGGCAGGGAGGGGUGGGACUUCUCCCAGGCGCUCAAGGACAAGGUCACGGAUGCUUCGGACAACAGCCGUCCCGACCCGGAGCGCUUCAAGUUUCGGCUGGAGGGGGGCAAGCGCAUCAUCGGGCGGGUCAAGCAGAGGAACGGUAGGUGGGCGGGCCAGCGACCAUAACGAAGAGAAGAGCAGUGAAAAGUGUUUUGCUUCCUUGACGGUGUCGUGCAGUUGCUACCAGGCAGGCGCACCGGACGGAUCGUGAGCAUGGCCAAGGUAUGUAACGAACCAUCGAGUACACACGAACACGGACCAAGCAAUGUUUGUUUCUGUGUUCCUUUAUCGCUUGGUUGCAGUGGACACGAAGCCCAAGUUCGGUGAGGGCAAUGAUGAGGAGGGUCUGCCGCAGGGCUGCGAGAACCAUCACCACGAGCAGCAGCAGCAGGUGAGUGGUGACGGCAAGAAGCAGGGACAAGGACAGCCUAAGUUGCCUGCACAGACACCCCCGGCUGCUGUCGUGCCCCCGUUGCCGUUUCUGCUGCCACCAUUACGCCAUCCCCGCCCCCCGUACCGACCGCCCCUCUAUGGUAGGCCCUCAGACGGACACAGACAGGCGCCCCCCACCCACUCAUGGAUAUCUCCUCUCGCCGUUCGUUUCCUUCUGAACAGGUGCACACGUGGCCAUGGGCGCUCGUCCAUCCACCGGCAUACCGAAUCGGCCCCCAAAGCCGCCCAUGCCAGUGCAAGUCCCGGCCUCUCCUGCCGCUGCUGCGGCAGUCUUCCUAGCUGGUCGGAGGGCGGCACCAUUCGCCGUCAGUCCACCUGGCGCUCGCCCCGUGCCUCUGGGCGGCCGUCCCUUCGGACAGCAUCACAUGCAGCACAUGCACUCAGGUAGCUGAAUGGACAAAGGCAGUCGGUGGAAGUGAUUGUGUGUGUGAUGUUGUUCGUUGUCUGCCGCUCUCUCAGGUCGCCACGUCUUCCCAGCGGGCCAUCCUCUCACCAUGGGUGCGUCGCAUCUUCCGCCCCCAGUCAUUCCACCCCGUUCUGCCCGCCCUCCCACCCCCACACCGACACCCCCAGUGUCUCGCGACGAGACGAUGGCUGACGUGGCCGCCCCUCAACAGGUGAUGUCCCCGUCACCCCAGCAACCACCUCACGAGCAGUCGCUGGAGCCACCUCUGGUGGAUGAGACGGCCCAGCAAGGGCCUCAGCCAAUGGAGCAAGACGACCAGCACCGGCAUCAGCACCAGCACCAGCAGAAUAAUCAUCAGCAGGAGCAGAAUGAGCCGAUGGACAUCUCCGUUGUCGACGAUGGCGUCGUGGGGGCUCACGGGCAUGGAGACGAGCACCCACCGCCAUGGCAGCCGCAGGACCUAGAUGAAGAUGACUCUGGGCACAACGACAACCCCGCUGCUGUCGCUGCCGCCGCUCCCCCCGUCCAGCCCCGCCCAGCCCGCCGUGCUGUCGUCAAGAGGGAGCCCAACGCUGCCCCACGCAACCAGAACCGGCAUAGCCGUGGAGGCAGCCACGCCAACAACAGCAACACCGACAACAAUAAUCGUCCCGACCCGCCCGUCAAGAAGGAGGAAAAGAAGGAGGCCAGGGAGGCGCGCUCAUCGGCUGGGACUGGGGCUGGUGGCCACCCUGCUACUGCUGCUGCGGCUGCUGCAAGUGCAGGUGCGAGGGAGGGGGGUUCGCGAGUCAAGACAGAGCCGCCGGCAGGAGGUGUGCCGUCGGGUGCAGCCGGUGGCCAGCAGCAGGACGACGCCAUUGUGGUGGACGACAGUGAUGGGGAGGGCGAGAGAGGGGGCGAUGGUGGCGAGUAUGUCAUGAAGGUGCUGCACAUGGCGUCGCACGAGGAUUUGGUGGCCGCCCUGGGGCAGCACAACGACUUCCGGACACAGAUCGUUCUCGACAUUGUGCAGAAGGUCAGUCAGUCAGCGGAGCAGGGAGGGAAGAACGAACGGCACUGUUUCUCCAUCCACGUCUCUGUGUGUGUGUGUGUGUGUGAGCAGAAACGGUUCGCGGGUCACAAUCUGGCCAAGAUGAAGGCCAUGAGGGUGUGUGACAUCGUAGCCGAGUACUUUAGCGGCGACGACCAGCAGACAGGCCCUGUCGACACGCUCAAACAGUGGGUCAGCGACCUCUACACCAACAGCAAGAGCAAGAAGGGGUGGCUGAAGGUGCCCUCCGCACGCUGACCACACCCGCCCCCUCUCCACACACACAGGUCCCACUCUCACAAGAGAGCAGAAACACACUGUCUCCACCCUGCCGACCUCGUGAGUGAAUGGCAUACGUGUUUGUCUGUCUGUCUGUCUGUCUGUGUAUGUAUGUGUGUGUGUCAGGUCCUGGCUGACGAGCAAUGUCGUCUGGCCUCAUACUCUGACUGGCCUGGCUGGCUGGCUGCCUCUAUGUGUGUGGGAGUGCUUGAGCGAUUCAUUCAAGCAUGAGGGCUUUUCGUUCUCUCUCUAUCUGCCAGCCUGUGUGUGAGCCAGCCAGUGUGGGGUAUCAUUUUAAGAGUGAGCCUGCCAGACGGUGUGUGGUGUGUCUUUUGUGUGUGUGUGGUGGGUAGGUGGACGGACGUGAUCGGUUGACUUUUUUCUCGUGUGCUGUGCCCCCGUCGAGUCGAUGUGAAAUGGACGUGUUAUGCACACAUCGAUUCAUGUGUGUUACAUAUGUGUUGGUGUCUGUGUGUGUGUGUGUGUCCCACCCCUCCCUCUCGCUGUCUGCGGCAAGCCAACCGCUGCCUACCAGACACGCCGAGGCCACAACAUUUCUCCGUCUGUGGCGGCCUGUCUGGCGUGCCGAGAUUGCCUCAGGCAGCGAGAGGGGGGAAAGAGCGUAUGUGUCUUACAGCUUUUUCAGUGCAGUGCGUGUCGGGCUGAGUGUGUCUGCAGUAGAAUGAUAUGCACACGCAUGGCAUGCAUCGCUAUGUGUGAACGCAUUUGAAAAGUGAAGGGAAGC